CUGACUUUGGUCUUGAGCAGAGCGGCUACAUUAAACCCCACCUGGACAUUUUGGGUUUCUUUUUUUUAAAAGCUUCAUUAUUUUUAUUUUAUUUUUUUAAAUAAAAGUCAAUCAUGAUCAGCCGAAACUUUAAGAAUGUGUUGGUGGUCUCCAUUGGAUUUCUGUCUCUGUUUACGGCUUAUGGAGGCCUGCAGAGCUUACAGAGCAGCUUGAAUGCGGAGCAGGGGAUGGGCGUCGCGUCCCUCAGCGUCAUCUACGCCGCCAUCAUCAUCUCCUCCAUGUUCCUGCCGCCCAUCAUGAUCAAAAACCUGGGCUGCAAAUGGACCAUCGUCGUGGGAAUGGCCUGCUACGUGUCCUACUCAUUCGGAAACCUCUACCCUGGAUGGUACACCCUCAUCCCAACCUCCUUCAUCCUGGGUCUGGGCGGCUCCCCUCUGUGGUCGGCUAAAUGCACCUACCUGACCAUCAGUGGGAAUGUGCAAGCUGCCAAGGACAAUAAGAAGGGUGCUGAUGUGGUCAACCACUACUUUGGGAUCUUCUUCUUCAUCUUCCAGUCAUCUGCAGUUUGGGGAAACCUGAUGUCGUCGCUGAUCUUUGGGCAGGACAGCAACAUCGCUAACAUUCCAGAGGAUAUCCUAAGCACCUGUGGAGCACAUGGUUGUGGAAUCACUCUUGAAACCAAUAGCAACAGUACCAAUGGUACCACCUCCAGCAGACCUGCACAGAAGCUGAUAUGGACGCUUCUUGGGUGCUACAUUGGUGUUGGCAUUAUAGCGAUACUCAUCAUAUCGAUAUUUCUGGACAACAUCGACCACGAGCAGACCAGCCAGUUUCGGGGGAACCGGGAACCGUUCUGCCACACGUUCCUGGCCACGUUCAGGCUGCUGAAGGACUGGAGGCUCCUGACGCUCAUCCCACUCACCAUGUACAGCGGCUUCGAGCAGAGCUUCCUCUCCGGGGAGUACACCAAAAACUACGUAACUUGCGCUUUGGGGAUCCACUAUGUCGGCUACGUGAUGAUGUGCUUCGGAGCGGCUAAUUCGCUCUGCUCCUUCCUGUUCGGGAGAAUCGCCCGCUAUACCGGAAGGGCCGCCCUCUUCUUCUUUGCCGCUGCGACCAACUUGGCCUGCAUCAUCGCCCUCCUGAUCUGGAAGCCUCAUCCUGACCAGUUGCCUGUGUUUUUCGUUUUUACCGCUCUGUGGGGUAUGGCGGACGCUAUCUGGCAAACUCAGACUAAUGCUCUUUAUGGUGUCCUCUUCCCGCGGGACAAAGAGGCUGCUUUCGCCAACUACCGCAUGUGGGAGUCGCUUGGUUUUGUCAUCGCCUUCGCCUACAGCACCUUCCUGUGCGUGGAGUAUAAACUGUACAUCGUGCUGGCUGUUCUGGUGAUAAGCAUGAUCACCUACCCCAUCGUGGAGUAUUACGAGUACAAGAAUCCUACCGAGCCCAUUGAACAGGCCGCCUAUGAGAUUCCCAAAAACAAAGCAGAUGAAGCGGGCAUCAUUAGUCAGACUUGGAUGUAGACGUGUUGACAUUUUAUUGUUUCCUUCUUGACUGCUAAUCCAGAACUCCUGCAACUGAAACUGAAAAAAAGUAAAAUAACAGUAAAAAGGUAGAAAGCCUUUACUUUUUCUUAAAUAGACGUCCUCUUGUUGGUUUUCUGGACUUUUUUUGCACUGAUAAAACCAGAUCAAAUGUCAGAAUAUAAAAUUUAACAUUAAGUUAAAAGCAGAAACUGACAUCACAAACUGAUUUUUAAUGUUUUUAAUCUUUUAAAGGUGAACCCUUGAACAGGUUAGGAUAAGUCUAUGUAUGAGCAAACAUUUUGUAGCUCCUCCUGGGUUGCUAGGUAACAGGCUGGGCUCUGUGGGGGUUGCUAGGCAACCAUGUAGCACGGUGGAAAGUUUUUGAAAUGUACUAUUUUUAAGACAAAAAAGCAUCAACUUAUUGCAGAUUUUUAUUUUUCUUAAGCGUUUGUGGGUUUUCUUUUAGUGAAUUUUGCACAUUAUGUCCUCUUUAAAAACAUUAAAUAAAAAUGUCUUUUAGUUAAAUUGAUAGGUUUUAAUGUUAUUUCUGUAAAUGUAUGUGUAUUUUUAACUAUCUGCUCAAAAACCAACAGCCUUCUUACAAUAAACUAUGUUUUUACUCCACUGUAGAUGUAAUUAAAUUUAUACUGUUUGUGUAAGUUUAAGUAAUAAAUGUGUUAAUUUG